UGAGGCCAUCGCUGAAACCCAGGCCAGGAUCAGACCUUGCUCAUGGUCCUGGGGGUCUCCGGGAAACUCCUGCCGGUGGCCCCACUUGGAGACGAGCGCCCGGGGUGGUUCCUCAAAGUGCCUGAGCCCCACUUAGGAGCGAGCAGCUCACCAUGCUGACGGAAGACAUGAAGGUCUGGCAUGGCUUAGUGAUCGCGGUGGUGUCCCUCUUCCUGCAGGCCUGCCUCCUCGCAGCCACCAACUACCUGCUCAGCAGGCACAUGGCCCACCAGACUGAACAGAUGCUGAAAGGGGCCUGGCUCCAGGCCCCCAAGCCCGGCUCUGCCCACUGUCAGCCGCCCGCUGCCAAGGCGAUGGAGACUGGGACAGAGAGAAGCCCCGCUGUGGCUGACCCCCGUUACAGGCAUGACAGCGACACAUCCUCAGACAGCUCGGACGGCUCCAGCAGCCCACCUCUCGCCCACCAGGCCACCAAGGAUGUGAAUUACACGCAAGUGGUCUUUUCGACCCCCGCAGGACUGAAAAACGAGUCUGCCCUGGACUAUGAGAACAUAAAGGAAGGCACGGAUUAUGUCAAUGUCAAUCCCAAAAGCCACGUGCCCAAUUUCUGGACUUUUGUGAAUCCUGCUGUUUGUGAGCCGGUGGAGUACACUCAAGUGGCCAUGUGAAUUCUAGAUUUUUAAAUGGGGUACAAUUUUCUAUGCAUUCUCACACUUAAUUUUUAGGGAAAUACUUUUUUUUCCCCCUUAAACAAGGGAUGGGCAAAAAAAAAAAAAAGGCCUAUGGGCCAGCAAAGAUUCAGAUCAGAUGUCAGGAAGAACUUCCAGGUAAAGCACUGGAGUCCAUCAGCAGAGAAAGGAGUGAAGUCUCUCCCCACUGAAAAUUUUUUAAACGUUUUAAUCAGCUGUAAUAGAGUUCCGUUUGGCAGUCUUAUGAUUAAAUGACGUCUCUUUGAGCUCUUUAAUUAUUGGCAAUGAACAACGUCCUUAAAAGUUUUAAAUAAAAUU